AUGACAACACAAUCACUCUUAUUAAUUUUUUGUUGGUUUUGUGGCACCUGGUCUGUUCCCAAACAAAUAAUUUCAGAUAAUGGGACAAACUUCAAAGCAACAGCCAAGUUUCUUGAGGAAAUAUGUAGUGAUCCUCAAAUACGAGAAUAUUUUGGUAAUUGUGGUAUUGUUUGGAAAUUCAUUGCUCCCAGAGCACCUUGGCAAGGUGGCUUCUAUAAGAGGAUGAUUAAGGUUGUUAAGAAUUGUUUGCGAAAGGUUUUGUAUCAUAGGAGAGUCAGUUUAGAUGAACUUCAGACUGUGGUUGUUGAGAUUCAAUCUCGUUUUAAUAAUAGACUGCUCACCUAUAUCAACAGUGAUAGGAUGUCUCCAGAACCCUUGUCACCUUCACAUCUCCUAUAUGGCAGAUCUAUUGAAGCUCUGCCAUCAGUAGUUUUAGCGGAUGAAUGUGAUCCUACUUACAUGGACCACGAUCAAUUGAAUAAGCAAUUUUCCUUAUUGUCUUGUAUCAUUUCCAAGUUUGAGGUGUGGAAAAAUGAAUAUAUAAUUUCCUUAAGAGAACGUCAUUAUGGUUCUGAUAGAGCUAGGGAAUUGAAUAAUCUUAUAGUUGGGGAUGUUGUUUUGGUCCAAGUUGAAUCUCCAAGAAGUGAGUGGCGUUUAGGUAGAAUUGUUGAACUUCGACCUGAUUCAGGAGUCAUACGUUCUGUAGAUGUGUUCUGUAAAGGUCAUAUCAGUACACGAACAGUUGAAAAGCUUGUACCUUUAGAGGUUAGUGAACCAGUGAAUGAGGAACUUAUAGGUACUCUUGAUGAUAAUGUGAACACUGAUGUUCCUAGUUCUGAAAUGCCUCAUCCCCCUGGUCAAAUGAUUGAAACACGUCCUGAACGUGCUAGCAAAACUAGAGCUACAAUAGAGAGGAGGGAGCUCAUAAAACAAGGAGCUCUGUAA